CUGGGAGUUUCUGGUUUCCUAGCAACUGAGCUGUCCCAGCUUGACGCGGCGGUGCCGUGGUCAGCCUGCAGCGUCAGAAGAAAAUAAAAAAAAAACAGGCUAAACAGGGUGACUUACACCCCUGUUUUUGUCGUUACCCUGGAAGAUGGUGGCCAAACAGAGGAUCCGGAUGGCCAACGAGAAACACAGCAAGAACAUCACGCAGAGAGGAAACGUAGCCAAGACGCUGCGACCACAAGAGGAGAAGUACCCUGUAGGUCCCUGGCUGCUCGCCCUCUUUGUAUUCGUUGUUUGUGGAUCAGCCAUAUUCCAGAUCAUCCAGAGUAUCCGUAUGGGGAUGUGACCCAGGGGGAGGAUCGUGACCCCCACCCCCCUCUUCAUGCUCUUACUGAGCCUGGCUAGCCUACGCCUCCACAUUCACACCCUCAUCUCCUUCAGAGGCCCAGAGACGGACGCCAGAGAGAGAAGCCUCCCCGACCAUCGCCCUGCCCUGCCCUCGAUCAGCGUUUACAGUGUUGCAGUCUGUGGUACUGACAGCUUUUCUAUGGACAGUCUAAAACCACGCCGGCUGGGGAACAUGUGUUUCAUUAGUCGCUUGGCUCCUGUGCGUAUGUGUGCCAAAGUAUGAGUGAGCUGGCAGUGAAUCCUGCUGACAAUGUGCCAUAUCAUCUAUGUAAGUUUUCCUGUUUGUGUGAGAAAGAAUGUUUUUUUCAAAUAAAUGUUCAGCAAUCAGAGCGAAGAUUGUUAAUUCUGUAAACCCCACGGCUACACUGACUGUUUCAUUGUUAGGAUUGGCUUUGACUUCCAAUGGUUUAAACCAGACAUACCCUAGGUGGAAGAGAGUAAUUGCCCCCUCCCUCCCACUUGUAAGGGGGCACAUACUUUUCACAGCACUCUAGGUUUAACGUACCUUAUAAUUUUGUUGGAUUACACAGAUAAGAAGACUUAGACAAAGACCAGGCUGGUACUCUUAAGCAGGUUUAUUGAAAGUUGUGAAGUGCAGCUGUCAAGUGUAAUUGAAGGUAUUUUGUUAUCCGGUCUUUGAAGAAACAUGCACAGAACAUGGGCGUACAACUGAUACACAGAAUGGAAAACAAACAUCUUCAGAGCUUGUUUCUUUGUUUUUCCCCUAAGUUUGCCUUUUCAGAUCCAAAAGUGUUCCACUGUCAAAAAAAACCCAAUAAAACAAGGUGCAAUACUUAAGAAAAAGAGCAAUGAGAAACUGUUUACAGUCAAAGUUAAUGUUGCAGUACGAGAGAAGGACAACAUCGUUGGAUGUUGUCCGUUAAAUAACCUAAACCUCCUUUUGGUUCCAAAGUCCAGAAAUUACAGCAUUAAAGAUGGAUGACACAGACUCAACCGCAUCAACCUGCAUGACCUAGAUAGCAUCUGUUUUUCCUUCCUCUCUUCGUUUUUUGUUUUUUUUUUACAUUGUACUUA